AAAGUACGCCAAGUACAUGUGCUUCCUGUGAUACACGUCUGUCAAAAUUUGCGUCAACGAAGUAAAUACUCUAAAACGUUAAAGUUGAAUGAAAGUUAGUGAAUAAUUUAAACAAUUCACCAAAAAGACUCAAAGAAAACUCAGUUAACUUAAUUGUGUUCGUUGAACCUGAGAAUGAAGAUUGAAAUUAUGUCUUGGGUAGCACUUUCGUGUCUCUGGUUAAUGUUUGCCGGUUCUGCCGCUUUGAAAGAAGGGCAAUGUGAAGUCUGUGUCAAAGUUUUAGACAGAUUUGUUAAUUCCUUAGAUGAGGAUGUAAAAAAGAAUCAAGAAAAAGUAGAACAAGAAUUGAAAAACUUCUGCAAAAAAUUAAAAAACAAAGAAGAAAGAUUUUGUUACUACAUUGGUGGAUUAGAAACUUCAGCAACAAAUAUUCUACGUAUGAUAUCUAAACCAAUAGGCUACCAUAUGCCUGCAGAAAAACUGUGUACUAAGCUGAAAGAAGCAGAUGGUCAGAUCUGUGAACUUAAAUAUGAUAAAGAAAUUGAUCUGGCAUCAGUUAAUUUGAAGAAAUUGAAAGUAAAAGAUUUGAAAAAGAUUUUAUCUAACUGGGGAGAAGAUAAUGCCUGUAAAGGAUGUGCUGAAAAGUCAGACUUUAUCAAAGUGGUAGAGGAAUUAAUGCCUAAGUAUGCUCCUGAGGCUGCCAAAAAGAGGAAGACAGAGUUAUAAUGUUAAUACUACUUAGGGAAAAAACUAUUAUAACUAUGAUUAUUGUUAGAUUAUUCAAAGGAAAAUAAAUUAAUGUUUUAUACAUCUGCAGAAGUUUCUGGCUGAUUAGUGGUAUUUCUUUGAAUAUUGUUAUUUUUUUCUGUAGAAGAUUGCUAAGAAGUUUAUUUCUUGCAAACUUCAACUUAAACUUUAAAAUUUUCAAUACACCUGAACUUACACCUAAAUUAUGGAAGCAUUCAAAGUAAACCCCUUAAAACAAUGCAAAUAGUUAAAAUUAGUAAUGGUGGUAUGAUAUGCUGAGCAAUAUAAAUGUAUAUCAUAUAGGCCGAUAUUUGAUGAAGUGCUUAAGAAAUGUUAAACAUUAAUAAAUGAUUUUUGUAUGGCAUAAGAUGUCUUGCAUAUGCAUGAAAAGAUUAACAAUUCACCAUAACAAGAUAAAAUUUUCAUAUAUUUGAAAUAUAAAAUUUUGUAUAAAAUUUUUAAACAUUUAGGAUUUACUGCAAUAAUUUAUUUGCAGUUUUAGUGUUAUAGAUGACUUCCAGCAAGUUUGAAUGUGUAUCAUCUUAAUGAAAAAAUGUAUGAAGAGAUUUUCAUGUUUCAUGGAACGGAACCGUAAUUUUGAAGACUUUAAACAUGAAGACUCUCUUGAGAUUUUUCCCUCGGCCUACAAACAUGGUUACAUAUUUGUUGUCUGCAUUUUUUCUGGUAUAUAUAAUAUUAAGGAAAUAGUUGUGUUACUUUUAUCUGGAAAUCUAUUUUAACAUGACUUGUCCAGUUUAUAAUAGACACAGACAAUAAGAUCAAUAACAUUAUAUUAUGUUUAAUAUUAUUUUAAAGGUUUUGAUUAUAUAAAGGAAAUGAGGAUAUAUAUUUUUAAACCUUUGUGUAGACGAUAUGGAGUGAAAAAUGUUAUUUAAAGAUGAAAUGAAUAUAUAUUUUAAAAUAUAAGGAGGAGGUAACUAUUAUCAGGAAAGAAAAAUUUUGGAUGGUUUUCACAAGUUUAACUUAAUACAAUGCUGAUGUCUGUUGUACUAAAUGUUGUAAACAUAUUAAGAACCAUCAUAUGUUGAUGACUUAAACUGUAUACUAUGUAGUGUAAAUGUAAUAUUUUUUAAAACUAACGUUUAUUUAUAAUAUAAUUGUUUAUAUUUGUUUAAAAGAAGAUUAUUGACAAAAUAUAUUUUCAUGUGUCUUAACAAUGAUAAUUUUCAUUGCAAACUCUCUUGACAUAAUCUUGGGACCAUUUUGGGACUUGACGGUGAAACAGUUCUUCCUCUCCAGGGAUCACUAGCAUGUCAUCACUGAGGUUGCCUUUUUGAACCACUGCUUGUGGAUAGAUUUAUUUGACUCCAAUCUUUACCGACAAGGAUUGCCAGUUUGCCUUCCGAAGGAUGUGGUUCUCUAUUGGUAUUCUGGUUUUCUCCACCUUUAAAAACUGGCCUCUGUUAUAUUGUCAAGGCAACUGAAAGUUGAGUUAAAUGCCAACAGACAAUCACAGUACAAUUCAAACAUAGCAAUUCACUUAUAAAUAUGGGAACAAUGCAAAGGCACAUUUUAAUAUUUUGGGAUUAUUCAUUGUUUGAUUCAAUAACCCUUUGCAGUAACUUUUCAUGUUUUAAUGAACAUCAUCAAAUUAACAGGGUUUCAAAUCUUCUUUGUUAAUUAAAGCCAUGCAGAUGUAUUAAGUAUUUAUAUUACAGAAAUAUAAAAAUAAAUGACUAAAUUUUCCUUGCAACUUUUUUUAUUAAAUGUGUAUUUUAUGUAGUAGGGAUGUUAAAGUAUAUUUGCACAGAGAGUGAAGUAUAUAAAUGCUUUUGACUGUUAUUGUAAGGGAUAUGAAUGUUCCAAUGAUGUAUGAAUGUAGAUUCACUGCACAAUGUGUCAUUAACUCAAAGCGAUCUUGUGAUAUCAUCCUGUCAUUUAGGUAUAGUUGUAAACGUAUGGUGUGAGUUGUUAAUGAACAGAAAUAUUUUGUCUAAAUAAAAUAUCUUUAUGUCA